AUGUCUGCAUCGAAUACUAUUGGAAAUGUUGGAAUAGAUCAUCUUCGAGAGUUAUUGAAAUUUAACCACACACUCACUGAACUAAAUAUCGGUUUUCGGCAUCGUCAUCAUCAAGGAAAUCUUGUUAACAACACAAAUACGCGAAUUGACGUCUGCUGCUUACUAGAACCAACAUUAACAAUUUUAUCUAAGCGAGCAAAAUUAAAUGGAUUUUAUGCACAAUAA